AUGAGCGGCCAAGGCCAAGGCUCGCAUCACGCUCCUCUGCUCGCCACCCCCACCGCCUCCUACUCCUCUUUCAAUCCUCACCGUCUUACUCCGCCGAAUCGCCGUCCUGCUCCUCCUGCUGAUGUAGCCGUUGACAUUUCUGCCGCUGAUCCUACUGAAGCAGCAGCAGCAGCAGCAGCAGCAGCAGGGAAGGCGGCAGCAACAGGGGGGUUAGCAGGGGGGGCAGCAGGAGGGGUGGCAGAGGGAACGCCAGUCGUGUAUCCUGGCAUUGUCCAGCCCAUGGGCACGGAAGUACUCGUCUCCCGCUCGCCCACGCUCCUCCGCUUCACCAUCCCUCCCCAGCGCUUCUCCCUUGCAACCCUUUUUGGAAUCGUCGUCGUCCUGUUCUUGAUGGCGGGUCUCGCCUACUUGUCAGCCAAAGUAGUAUCCUAUCGAGUUCCCCGCAGCGCCCUUUACUACUUCAUCCCCAUCUGGGUUCCGCUUAUCUGGCUGCUCGCCGACUUGCUACUGCCGCACAUGAAGGUCGAAACAGUGACUGUUGACUCCGCCACGUGUCAGCUGACCAUUCGUCGAGCGGUGAACGGGAUGACUCUCCCUUGCUGUGGUGUGUCCACGGCAAGCACUGCUCGCAUCACUGGCUCUGGAGUCAACUUCACCGUGGUAUGUUCUCUUUGCUGUUUAUGA